CCGUGAAAGGGUGGGUUUGGUCUUUGGGCGCGCUGUAAGGAUAGCUAUUUGAAAUUAAAAUGGCGGAAAAGAAGGCUGAAGUUGAGCACGGCUCGGGACGUAUUGAGGCAGACGAAACCUCAGUAGAGGUCUCGUCUACGGUCCAAACUUCAAAACGAUGCUCCUCCCUAAUCCCCGAGUCGGAACCUCCUUUCAAGUGUCCCCGGAGCGACUCGACUUCAUUUACCACACAAAUGCCAGAUCCUGGAGACGAACAGUCAGAGGUGAUGAAACAAGAAAUGGAGACACUCACAGAAAGACCCGUAAAUCCCCGUGAACAGAAUAAAUCCUGGAGAAGAAACACCAUAACCCGACGCUCCCUUCCUGCCCUUCCCAACCCAUAUGAGACUUUGUGCAGAAACAUAAGUCCAUCAUUAUCACAACAAGAGAGACUUGAAAAACUGCUGGAAGCUUCAAUGGAGAUGGCACUAGAAAGAACUCAAAAUUCACUUGAGUCGUUUCCAAAAGCAUCACUGGACUCCUUCAAAAAACAAGUUGAAAACAUCAAGAUGGAAUGGAGCUGCUUAACCAAAAAUACAAGCAAUGAACCACAUAAACUAUCUUCGAGUCAACCCAAAAGUUGCAGUCAGCCUGCUGUGCAAAGAGCCAUGGAAAAUGUCCAGAAAGCAAUCAUCAGGCUAAAGGCUGAAAGUGAGUCUUGGGAGGCCCUGAUGAACAAACACAAGAAAAGUGCAGAGGAACUGGAAAAGAAGGUGAAGAUGGGACAGGAGACGGGUAUACCUCUAAACUCUACGUUAAUAGUCCAGUCCUCGCAGAACUCUGUCAUACAGAGUAAACCCAACUACCACAAUGUCCUCUGUAGGCAGCAACCCAUGAUGCAUACUAUGGCCAUGAUUAUGGACACUCAGUGUAAAAUGAUACAGCAGCUACUUACCAUCAAGGAGCAGUCACAGCUGUUAGUCAAAAAGACCAGUGUCCAACUAGCUGAGGAGGCUGGAUUCCAGGAGCUUUCAUCGAACCUUCUUAAGAAUCUGAUGUCGGCACCUUUGCAAAAGGCAACUACAUAAACAAUAUGUCCUCAAUAGAUGAUACUUCUGUACAGCUGAAUCCAACAAUUGUUAAAAAUGUAAAUAUAUUCUUGUGCUUUUA